AUCACAGGCGACUGUCUUUGUAUUCUCAGAUUCCACAGAGAAAUUCAUUUGCAGUUUCUGGCAGCAAACAGUGAAGAUAGAGAAGACAGAGAAUAUAGUGAAGAUGGCGAACAUGGAAAGACAGGAUUUGUUGGUGAGAGUAAGAAUUUUGGAAACCAGGUGUGGGAAGCUGGAGCAGGACAAGGAGGAGCUUCAAAAGAUGGUUGAAAAAUUGAGGAGGAAAAUUGAACGACUGAACAGCUGCACCAAUAAAAACGCCAGAAGCUUUCAGGUUGAAAACGAAAUACUGAUUGACUCAAAUAAAUUUUGCAAAAGUCAAGUUGGGACAUUAAUUAAGGAGCUGGAUGAAGCAAAAGAAACAAUUUUUGAUAUGGAACGAGAUUUUUAUGUAAUAUCAAAAAAAAAUGUGGAACUAGAGGAAAGGGAGCGAACAACACGUAAGGAUUGUGAAAAUAGUUUAAAGGAGAAGAGAAAACAUGUGGCCUGGCUCCAAGCAGAGAAUAAUGAAUUAAAUAAAGAAAUUGUAGCUCUUAAAUUGAAAAAUGACAGAUUGAGAUCCAGGGUGGCACCAAACCCUAAGGAGAAAAAUGAAACAGAAACCCCAGGAGAGCCACAAUCAGCAGGAAUAUUAAAACAAGUUGGGAGAACAUUGGUCAAUAUGUACCAGUCAGGAACGCUGCGGUACUGGGUGCCACCCUGGAUCUUUUAACUUCUGGGGGUCAGAGAGAAAAAUCUUCAGCUGUUCAGUUCAAAAACCAGAAGAAAAACGAAUAAACCGGCGACCCACCAGAACCACUCUGUGAAAAGCUCAGGCGGCCGCUGGAGCUCAGAAGAAAAGAAGUAGCCAGAAAUUAUUGGGCAAAUAUUAAAGGAGUUAAGGAAAGUUAUGCCAUGUUACAACCUUAUCAAGAAAAAGUUCAAAAAAGUAAAACUAACAGUUCUGGAUGGAUUAUUAACCCUGAAAUAAAUGAGUUGUCCUGCUGGCCUCCAGCCAUCCGGUGGCCUUCGUUCAGAGCAAACUCACGCAGGACAACAAGAGUCUGGUUUCCAUCCCGGAAUCAGAGCCAAGCAACCCGGAACCUCCGACCCCGAGCCCCAAAGCCUCCGAACCGUCCGCCGCCACCACCGGCACCGAAGACCCGCCCACCGAGCCCGCUGCCAUCAUCCAGGACUUCAGGACGGAGCCGGACCAUCACGCGCUGAGCGCCGACGCCGGCCAGCAGGUGACCUUCGAGGCCGACCCGGAGCAGACCAUCAACUCGGACACGCUGCACGCGCUGGUGGAGCAGCUGCGGCCGGCGGCGUCGCCCGCCACGGGCCUGGAGCAGAUCAUCAUCAUCAAGACGGUGGACCCGGCCGAGGCGCCGCCGGCACCGCCGCAGUGAGCCCCGAGGCGGGACGGACUCCGGACUAAAAUCUGACCCAACUUCACGUUUUCAGAACCGAUUCAUUUCUAAAAACAACCAGAACCAAUUUAGAUAACAGUUUCACCAUUUCACAGAGUAUUACCACAUUAAUGACCUCUGACCCCUCAUUUCAUCCUAUUUAAAGAAUAUUUUGCUCCUUUUUCUUUUGACUAAUCUUUACUUCUUUUUUUAUUAUUUCUGAUGAACAUCUUUAAAGUUAGUUCUGCUUUAGUUUGUAAAAUCUUAUUCUUUAGCUGAUUUAGAUUUUUCUGUUGCAGAGUAAAGUAGCAUGAUUAGUUUUGUUUUAUGUUGGAUAUAUUUUGGUGCACAUAAACGUAAAAAAGAAGUCAGUUUCCUGGUUGUUUGGCUUUAAUCUGGUGAAACUUUCAAGCUGCAGAACGUCAGUUGAGUUUGAAAUAAUUUUGGAGUAAAACAUAACAGCAGGUUUUCUCCUGAAUGACGGCGUCAUUAAUUUGACGAUUCAAGAGUAAAAUGUGAGCAUGAAGUGAUAAAAUGGCUUCUAGUUCAGAGCCAGAAGAUGAGAAUCCAAUCCUGCUGGUACCGGUCCGGUCUGCAGGUCGGAAAAGUCUUAAUUCUAUCCACUUCCUGAUGAUUCAUCCGGACAGCAGAUGUUUUAUGUACUCGAUGCACUUCAAUGUUUAAUUCCAGGACUUUCUAGAAGAAAUUCACACAUUUUUGAGCUUUUUUUUUUCUCCUUAAAAUAAAUACUUAAGACAUGAAAGUUUUGCAGUAUCUUUGCUUCAAGGUAAAUGUCCUAACUAUGAACAGCUUCAGUUAAAUCUGUAAACAGAAUUACAUUUUUUCUUAUUUUACAGCUUCAUUCUGGGUGGAAUAAUCAGUGUAUAGAGAAAUGUGCUGAAUCUUUUUAUUUUUUCACGUUUUGUAGCAAGUAGGCCAGAAAAUCAUUUUAUUUAUCAUUUCCUCAUCUGUUAGAGAAUGUGUCUGUUUAGUUUAGUUGGAAAACUGCUGUACACAAAGCAUUUUCUGUAGGUCUUAUUUUUGCAAAAUGUCAUCAUUAAUUGUACAGUUGUGAGGAAUAACUACAUGUUAGGCAAAGUAUAAAAAAACUGAGAAAAAAAAUUAAUAAAAGCGACGUGAAAUAAA